GCCGCCGGACUCUCCCCGCCUAGUCCCGUGGGGGCCACUCCCAGUUUCGCUCGAGUGGCGCUGAGGGCUAUAAGCGCUCGGAGGAGCCCAGCAGCGAGGCUCAUUUGUUCUUCGCGCGAGGAGGAGGAGGAGGAAGCCGACGGAGCGCGAGCGACGCAGUCUACCUGUUCCUUCAACUUACUGACGAUGGAGCUGCCCCGUGGGACUGUCUUGCUGCUACUGGCGGUGCUGGCGCUCGCUGCCACUGUACAAUCAAGUUGCUUAUGUGCGAACAACAAACGGACACAAAACUGUGUUUCAGUUGACAAUACAUGCAAAUGUACAAGUUUUGGGUCAAAUGUCACAGUGGACUGUGGGACAUUGUCUUCAAAAUGCCUACUGAUGAAAGCUGAAGUGUAUGGCACAAGGAUCGGCAGAAGCAACAAGCCAAAAUCUGCUUUUUUAGACAAUGAUGGCAUUUAUGAUCCAGAAUGUGAUGACAAAGGUAACUUUAAAGCUAAGCAGUGCAAUGGGACAGAUACUUGCUGGUGUGUGAACACUGCUGGAGUACGAAGAACAGAAAAGGGGGAUAAAAACAUGACCUGCGAUGAAGUAGUAAGGACAAGCUGGAUUAUGAUUGAAAUGAAGCACCUUGAGAGGGACACUGAUUUGGACAAAGACUCCGUUGAGAGGACUUUCAUAGAUGAACUUUCUCAACGUUACAAACUGAAUCGAACGCACAUAAGUGUUACGUAUGAAAAGCCUUCCAUUGUUAUUGAUCUGAAACAAAAUGCUACACAGAAAUCUGUCAGUGAUGUGGAUAUAGCUGAUGUGGCGUACUACUUUGAAAAAGAUGUCAAAGGGGACUCUGUGAUUGUAGGCCCGAAACUUUAUUUACACGUUUCAGGACAACCUCUUCAACUUGAUGGUGUUCUAAUAUACUAUAUUGAUGAGAAGGCACCAACAUUUUCAAUGAAACGUUUGACUGCUGGAGUUAUUGCUGUAAUUGUGGUUGUAGUACUGGCAAUAGUUGCUGGUAUUCUUGUACUGGUCUUUACUAGAAGAAAGAGGGGAAAAUAUGAAAAAGCUGAAGUAAAGGAAAUGAAUGAAAUGCACAGAGAACUAAACUCAUAACUGCUGUAACCUGAAACAAGGAUGAACAUGGUAAAAGUAUGUCAACUGAAGAUCACUUGCAUGGACUUUUUUUAAAAACAUAUGUCCUUAUAGUUAUAAUAAGAGGAUUACUUCAAAUUUUGACCCUAGAUUGCAUUUUGGGGCUGAAAAACAUUUUUAAACGUUUGAACUAGUUUGGCAAAAUGAAUGUCCUUCCUUUGUGUAACAUUAGUGAUGCCUUAUUGUAUGUGUACAAAAUGACACUGUUUCAUAUAAACAUUUUUGAGGUGUCCAGUAAGUUACUAAAUGUUUUUGGCCACUUCACAUCCCUGGCAUAUGAUGGAGUAUGGUGUAUGUGUUUUUAAUGUUUGUAAAUAUUUUUCUUCAGAUUUGCUGGAAUUUUUUUUUACAAGUAAUGAAUUUAAUAAAUUCUGAAACUUU